GAACUUUUGGCGCCGAGAUGCAAUUGACCACUUUGAGGUGGAGGGUACCAAAUUCUCUCUUUAUGAUCCAAACCCUUGCUAAAUCUCUAACUCAUCCGCAUCUCGAAUAUCAAAACAAGUAAUCUGUGAUUGUUGGAGGGAAGAGAGAGAAAUUACGUCAUAUCAUUCUCUUCUUCGAAUGAGGAGAGGUGCAAAGUCACACAGGAUAUUCAAAGACAGGGCUAUGAACCGCGUUGAUGAUCUUCAAGGCAUGUUCAUGGAUCUGCAAUCUGCAAGGAAGGACAGCCGUAACAUCGACAUGGCUGUACUCGAGGAACAAGUUCAUCAGAUGCUCAAAGAAUGGAAGAAAGAACUUAACGAACCUUCUCCUUCUCCUUCUCUGCAACAGGGUGCAAGUUUAAGAUCCUUUUCGCCAGACAUAAGUAGGUUAUUGCAACUCUAUGAUGAAGAAGAUGAUGCAACCAGUGGGUUGGCUGCUCCAAAACCCGAUCCAGAUGCCCAAAACGCCACUCAAAAUGCUACUUUCCACAAGAACUUUCUUGCAACUCAGAUGUGUCAAGAACAAGGGGUGGAUACGUCUUUUGGGAUAAACACAACAGGAGUACAUAAUCCAGGUGUAGAUACACAAUUUGAUUAUAUAUCAUUUGAUAUGCCACGUGGAUUUGAGCAAAACUGUAAUGAUGGAGUUUAUGGUAUGUGGGGUGAAGAUGCUUUACCUCAAAUCACUACCUAUCUGCCUAACAUUUGCCCUCCACCUUCUGCUUUUUUGGGACCAAAAUGUGCUCUUUGGGAUUGUCCCAGACCGGCUCAAGGGUGGUGCUCUGAGAGGGCGGUUCAAUGGUGGUGCACCAAUUAUUGCAGCGGUUUGCAUGCUACAAUAGCUCAAAAUGAAGGUCAACCAGGGAUGACACCUGUCAUAAGACCUAAAGGCAUUGAGUUGAAGGAUAAUUUGCUUUUUGCUGCACUUUGUGCAAAAGCACAGGGGAAAACGGUUGGUGUUCCAGAGUGUGAAGGGGCAGCCACUGCAAAAUCACCAUGGAAUGCUCCCGAGCUCUUUGAUCUCUCGGUUUUUGAGGGAGAAACACUGCGCGAAUGGUUAUUUUUCGAUAAACCGCGAAGGGCAUUCGAGAGCGGAAACAGAAAGCAAAGAUCACUCCCGGAUUACAACGGGAGAGGUUGGCAUGAAUCAAGAAGACAAGUAAUCAAUGAAUCCGGAUGGCUAAAAAGAUCCUAUUACAUGGACCCACAACCCAUGAAGUUCAUCGAAUGGCACCUCUACGAAUACGAAAUCAACAAGUAUGACACUUGUGCAUUAUAUAGAUUAGAACUAAAACUUGUUGACAAAAAAAAGAGCCCAAAAGGAAAGAUUGCUAAUGAAUCGGUUAUCAAUCUUCAAAAACAAAUGGGGAGACUUAAAGGAAGGGGAAAAGGAUGUGCGACUGUUUACCCUGAUUUGAGCCAAACGAAACGAACAUUGGAUGGUGAGUAUGGAGGAAACACGGGAUUUAACUAUCUUAUUGAGGAUCUUGGUGGCUACUACUUAACAUAAUUUGAAGAAAAUUUGAGAAGGGUUUUUUGUUUUUGCUUAGAAAGAUUAAAAAACACUAAUGUUGACAUGUUUUUAUAUAUAGGUUGCUUUUGGCAAUAUAAUAACACAUUAUGAUCUUGUUUAUGAAGAUUUUGAAUCAUUGGUAUUGUGAUUUUUUUUUUUCUAAUUCAAUAAGGAUG